AUUGUUGGACCACUUCAAACAUUAGUAUCCUUAUAUUGUAACAUUGUUUUCUUCAUAAUUUCAUGGAUUUCUUCAUCUUCUUCACAAUUUUCUCCUAUGUUUUUCUAGUUACGAAAGCUCACCAACCUAAUAACCCAUCGUCUAUCAUUAGUAUCCAAGAUUUUCCUGGAUUUCGAUACCAAUCCCGUAUCCAGGACGAGCAGCCACAUCACUGUGUUCGUCCUGGUUUUGAGCUAUUUUUCAAACAAAACAAAACAUUUAUUCAUUUUCCAACUUAUGGUGAUCUAAUUGUCAAGUCCACCAAUUGGGCUGCCAGAAAACUUGACCUUAUUGAUCCCAAAAAUUGUGUUCCUGAAGUUUUCUUGAAUCUGAAUCUUUCUUGUACUCCAUUCAGUUACUACUAUGUUCCAAAAGAGUACAAAUACAUCAAUUGCUCGUCCCAGCUUUCGAAUUCUUUUCUGCAAGUUCCAUGUCUCAGUGGAUCGAACCAUCAUGUUUACGUCGUAGAAUCAUCGUUUGCCCCUCCGAUUUCGUGUGAUUCUAUGAAAACUAUUGCAAUCCCAUUUUCAUAUAGUCCAUAUUUGUCUGAUAAUAGCUUUGGACUCUCAUUAACAUGGAACUUGACUGGUGAUUGUGAUGAUGCUGGAAUUAGAAGCCAAUCUGAAACAUUGCAUAACAAAGAAUUUUUCGACUUCGGAGCAAAUUAUAAUGUGUUAGGCCUUCUUGCAUUCAUUUUCUUGGGUGUGGCACUGUUCUAUGCAAAGAUGGCUCUCUGCAAAGCAUUUGAUUUGAUGAAAGAAGAGAAGUUAGGUGAAAUCAAGGUUGGCAAAGUACAGGAAGAAUAUGUAGCCCUGAAUCCACUAUUACAUCAGGAUAAGAAGGGAACGCACGACUGUGUGUGACUACAGAAGAUUAAGGAAGUCCGCAUUUAAUAAAAUUUGUCGAGUAAUCAUGUGUUCUUAGUAUUUGAUAGAAGAAAAAAAAUGAAAAUUUUGUGUACUUUACUGUACAAUACCACAAUAACUACAAUUUGUGUUCUAACUAUGUCAAAAUGUAUCGUCUAACAUGCACGAGAAAGACACGAAAGAAACCUGACCCACGUGUGAAGGCAUAGUCCACACGAGCGAGUCCUCGUUUACCAAUAUUAAAGAUUUUGGUUU